UUGAUGAACAAAACAAUUAUUAGGUUAUCCGGCAACAGGGAGGAAGGGAUACUACGUCGACAAUAAUUAAAUGUAGAUAAGCCUUAACGCGUAAGGUGCAUUCAAAGAAAAAUCAUCGGAUGGAAGAAUAACGAGUAGAGAUGCAUACUUCAGGGAUGUUGCAGUGCUGUGGUGUUGGAGGUGGCGCUUCCACGGCACCUCAGGCUCCGCAGCUGCAGGCUACCGGAUCUGCUAGCGGAUCUGCUGUCGGGGCUACCACCUCCACGAUCAUGCAGGAUCCAAUUCUCGAGUCCAUCCUCGAGCAAAUGCGAGAUACUGAAGCUCGGAGAACGGAUUUGGAACGACAACACGCGGAAGCACAGAAUCAGCUACGCGAAAAGUUGGGAGGUCGAUAUCAAGGCCCAGAAUCGAUCGAAGCCCUGCAGUCGAAAAUUCGAGAGUUGGAGAAAAAAACUGAAUUGCAGAUAGUUAAACACGAAGAAUUGUCGAUAGAAUUGACGAGCUUGAGAAGGGCUCGAAGUCGUGGCCCAGGAGUCGGUCACGUUACAUCUGCAAUUCCUUCGUCCACUUGGCCUCCGGCAGGUUCUGAAAUUGACAGAAUUAUUGCCAAGAUCGAGCAGGACAGUAGCAGUGCUGGCAGAAUGUUGCACGACUUGGAUCAUGCUCGAGGAACUAUAACUACGCAGCAACCUUCGGCCACGCAAAGUAUUCUUCGAUCCAGUUCGGAGAACCUUCCUAAUUUGGGCCAACACCAGCAUCCUCCUCAUCCGCAUGCUCUUAAUCUGGGGAUGUCCACGCAAAUGGGCCAUUACGCAGGAUCGCCCAUGCCAUUGACGCCGAUGAUGCCUGGUUGUCCACCGUUGACGCCAAACGGGCCUCCAUAUCACUAUAGCGAACCAAUACCGCCAGCACCGUCUCUUUCGACGAGUCAAUCGCAACCUGCUUUUCAACAAAAGCUCCAACAAUACCAACAGCAGCAGCAGCAGCAGCAGCAACAACAAGCGGAUAUGUCGAGUUCUCAUUCUCAAGGAACUUUGCCCAACCAACAAAAGCAACAAACGCACACACACUUUACAAGUAAUCAGUAUCAAGAGAGUUAUCCGCAUACGCAAACUUAUCAGCAACCGCUUCAGCAGCAACAGCAUCCAAGCUCGACUUCGUACCUGACAUCGUCGAAUCAAAGUGUGAUACCUCAUUAUACGCAACCAACUCAGACUGCGCAAAGUUAUCAAUUAAACGGCAGUCAGCAUGCUUCUCAACAGUCUACGACUUAUCCUAAUAUAUCGAUGGCGACGCAUCCCAAUGGGACUUACAGUUCAGGAGCGACUUCUUUCAAUCCUCAACUGUCUCACCUCAACUAUUCGGUUCCGCCUUCGAAUAUCACGCAAACAACUUUGUCUACGAUGACCCCGUAUUCAACGGCAUCCUUCCAUUCGUCGUUAGGGCCACUUACGAGCGUUCCUCAAACCGUUCUUCCUUAUUCGAGCGCUCCAAGCAGCUAUGCUACAAGCGGCACGACUUAUUCAACCGUCGGGACCAAUGCUUACAACAUCCCGGGCGUUAGCUCGGUUACUACAUCGGGAAACUUGUUACAAGCGAUAGGAGAUCCCUUACAAGCGAUGCAACAACUUUCUGCCCAAUCGCAAGCCAAUCAAUUGCAACAACAAGCGAUUAUUCAACAAAUACAACAAAGUUUGCGAGCUAGUUCACCAACAGCGACUGGCACAACGGGUCAUCAUUUUCUUGGCCCAAGACAAAUGCCAAAAAUCCCUACUAGUAUACUUACUAAUCCUUUAGAUAGAUUGACCAAUGAAAAUAUAGUACCUGAGGGUCAAGUCGACAUGUUGGAUAUACCUGGCAAAGGCAGAUGUUACGUUUAUACAGCUCGAUUCACGUACGAGCCCUUUCAGCAUUCGCCCAAUGAGAAUCCAGAAGCGGAGUUACCCGUACAAGGUGGAGAUUAUCUUCUUGUUUGGGGCCAACCGGACGACGAUGGUUUCCUCGACGCUGAAACUCUCGAUGGAAGACGCGGUCUUGUACCCGCUAACUUUGUACAAAAGAUUAUUGGCGACGAUUUGUUGGCUUUUCAUCAAGCUGUCCUCGGUCUCAGGGACGUCGAUGAUUCCGCCUCAACGAAUAUUCCACAAUGUUACCUGCAGGACAUCGAUCUAGAAUUAGCAGCUUUAGAGGAAGGAAAUCGAAAUCGGCAAGCCGAACUAUCAGUUUAUGCUGAAUUAGACAAUAUUGCGGACGAAGAGGAACAAGAACCACCAGAAGUCUACCUGUUUUCGGACCUAGUUCCGGCGCCGCAGCACCUUACUCUCGAACGACAACUGAACAAGAGCGUCUUGAUUGGGUGGACCGCUCCUGAAAAUCCUCAUCAACUAGAAUCCUAUCACGUGUACGUGGAUGGUGUACUGAAGGUUACCGUUAAGGCGUCUGAAAGAACGAGGGCAUUGGUCGAAGGAGUUGAUUCUACUAGGCCUCACAGAAUAAGCGUGCGAUCGGUGACACAUUCGAGAAGAACAUCGAGGGAUGCAGCUUGUACAAUGGUAAUCGGCAAGGAUAUUGCUUUGGGUCCAACUGCCGUUAAAGCAUCGAACGUGACAGCAACCAGUGCCGUGAUAUCAUGGUUGCCGAGCAAUAGCAACCAUCAACACGUAGUUUGCGUGAAUAACGUCGAAGUUAGAACCGUAAAGCCAGGAGUUUAUAGACACACGAUCACUGGUUUGGCACCCUCAACGAUCUACAGGGUGACGGUAAAAGCGAAAAAUUUAAGAGCAACGCACUUUGAGGAUCAAAAUGCUCAAGCGGUAAACAAUUGGGCCUGUCAUGUCCACUUUAAGACAUUGCCCAAAGGGUUGCCAGAUCCUCCGGUCGAUAUCCAGGUGGAGGCUGGACCGCAGGACGGCACUUUGCUAGUGACCUGGCAGCCUGUUGCCCUAAACGGUUCGGCCGUCACCGGUUACGCGGUGUAUGCCGAUGGAAAAAAAGUUACCGACGUUGACAGUCCUACCGGCGAUCACGCUUUAGUCGACAUACACAAACUUAUGGGCCUCAAUCCAAAACACAUAACAGUUCGUACGAAGAGCAGGGAGAGUCAAUCGGGUGACAGUUGUGCCACAGCGAUACCUUGCAGCGUUCUUCGAGGUGGUACGAGUACUACUCAUUUGCAGCACGGAACGCAACACAUGCUCGAUCAUAGUCAACAGCAACAAUCUUCGAGCGUCUUGCAACAGGAUGAUCCGAACCGUCAUCGUAUGACUACUGCUCAGCGAUAUCCCACGGCACCUGUUCCAUCGCACAUGAGAAGACAAGGUACCAAAGUCGAUGCGCAUGGUCAAGUAAUCAUUGAAACAGAUGAAAAUCUCUCCGACAAGGAAAUAUUUCCAGGACAGAGCAUCUCUCAAAUGGAAAUCACCAAGGAUUCUGCCAGCGAAGCCAACUAUAGCGAAGAGGAUGAUCCAUCUCGAAGAGGUCGUGGAAUGUCGCCUCAUCAUCAUCGUUACGGUCCUCAAGGCCCUCAAGGACCACCUGGAACAUAUAGAUCGGUUAGAAUGGGAGGACCUGCUAGACCUCAGGAUGCCUAUUACGAUCAAACGGGUAAUCAAAGGAUGAGAGGACCACCGAUGUAUGGCGCUAGAGUAAAUCAAGGUCAGGGUGGCAACGUUCAUCCAGCAAGCGGGGUUCAACAAAUGAAUAAAAGAGUACGCCGAUUUAUCGCAUUGUUCAAUUACGAUCCAACAACUAUGUCGCCAAAUCCUAACGCUCUCGAAGAGGAAUUACAAUUCUCCGAAGGAGACACUAUCAAGGUGUAUGGUGAAAAGGAUGCCGAUGGUUUUUAUUGGGGCGAAUGUCGCGGUAGAAGAGGAUACGUGCCGCAUAAUAUGGUCGAAGAAUUGAAAGAUCAAAAUCAGGGUGGUCAGGGACAACCUAAUAGACGAGGUCCCGCGUCUAAUGAAAGAUGGGGAGACAUUUAUGCGAGUAUGCCAAUGAAAAAAAUGAUAGCGAUGUACGAUUAUAAUCCACAGGAACUUUCGCCAAAUCCAGAUGCGCAAGUCGAGUUACCGUUCCAUGCCGGUAAUGAAAUUUGCGUAUACGGUGAAAUGGACUCUGAUGGAUUUUACAUGGGCGAACUGAACGGAGUUCGCGGUCUAGUGCCAAGUAAUUUCCUCAUGGAAGCUUCUAACCAGGGUCAACCGACUCAAGGAGGUAGAAGGCCACCGGGACAAAGUCAAGGACCUGGUGCAAGGGGACCACCUCCUCCACCGAGAGAACCUCCACCAACUGGCCACCGUCGUAGUAAAGAUGCCUGCAUUGUGCCUGUGUCUGUCCCUGUCUGUCACUUAGACUCUAGACAACAACAACAACAACAACAACAACAACCACUAAUGAACAACCAACAACAUCAACUACAACAAAACAAUCCACCGCAUCUAGCGUACCAACAAGCGAAUCACCAUAGUUAUACGACUGUAACUACGUCUAAUCAGCAUGGGCCCAGUCACUUGCCUUCAGGCGGUGGUGUCAUGGGUGCCCAUCAGCAAGGGCCCCUUCCACCCCACCUUCAACAACAGGGGAAGGGGAGGGGAGGCGUGGGCAAUCGGGCCGGUGGUAGUAACAUGCCAGGUGGCAUGCAGGCUCCGGGCCAACACAUGCAACAACAACAGCAACUCGACUAUCAAAAUCAGCAACAGCAGCAGAAUCAACCGUAUCAACAACAAGCAAACCAACAGAACCAGAAUUAUCAGCAACAAAAUCAGGGAUAUCCGCAACAAGGACAAGGUUUUGGUCAGCAAGGUGGACAACAGUAUCAACAACAACCGCAACAACAACCACAACAACAGCAACAACCGCAGCAUCAGCAACAGCAACAGCCACAAGUGCAACAACAAAAUCAAGGGUAUGGUCAACAAAAUCAAGGAUCGUCGAUGCAGAGUUCGCAGCCCAGUAGCAAACCAAUGAGAGGAAUACCUACUGUCCUUCCGACUCCUCAAAGCAAAACCCCGGCGAAUGCGACGCAAGGACAACAACAACAGCAACAACCGCAACAGCAGCAAAGUACGGGCCCAAAUCUGAUGCAAAAGUUUACGGAAAUGGCGGGUGCUAGUGCAGGCGGAGAUAUUCUUUCCAAGGGGAAAGAACUUAUCUUUAUGAAGUUUGGUUUGGGCAAGUGAGCUAUUGCCUUUGCCAUACCGCCGCCGCCGCCGCCGCCGUCGCCGUCGCCGUCGCCGAUAUUUCAAAUACAUCUUUUCUUUUUCUUCCUCUCCGCUUACGAUAUUUUGGCGCGGAUCCCGACGACAUAUCGAUUACGAGUUCCGCGACCAGAGCGUUCGAAUGCAACGUUAUUAUGACCGUUAUUAUGACGUUAGAGCGCAAGAUAAAAGAAAUAUAUCAAAGGAAUAUAUCUAUGUGUGUAUACAUCUAUACAUGCAUACAUACAUUCAU